GGUUCAUGUCGGCUGCGCGUAACCGAGACGAGCCGGAUGAGCGACCCGCGGUCUGUCGCCUUCCCCAUCCCGGAAGGUCUCCGAGCAGCGACGCUUUUUAAAAAUGACGGCGGCGUGUCGUACAUCGGAUUGCGAAAAGCGAGCUUCGUUGGACGUCUGCUGAUUUAAGGUUGAGGGCGCGUCGUGUGCGACUGCCUGCAGUCGCUGGCUCACUCUUACCGAGGCGGUUCGGGCGACUACUCCCGUAUAACCCCCCCGGAAAGGCUACUGCGAGCUGCCUGCUACUAGGGCGGCUCAAGUUUAUAACGGAAAGGCUGCCGCGGACUGCUCGUUUUAAGCUCUAAAUGCGCUGGGCCGAGGCUCUUCCUCCGCUUGGUCGUUAAACAGCCUUCCUAGCCUGACUGCCUCGGGUUAUGAUUACCAGACCGACUAGUUAGUUCGCUACUGCGAGGAAGCCAGCAGCCCCGUUAUGGACGGAUAAAAAGGUAGAUCGGAUAGAUACACGCGGGGCUGAUACUUAAGUUGGCCGGACCGAUCGGUUGUUGCCUCUCGUCCAGCCGAGUCGCAUGGCUCCCCGUUCCAUGUGGGACCGACGCCGGCACUGUACGGCCUGCGUCACAUCUUCGCAGAGAUCCGAGUAGCGGCAAGUCGGGGGCCGCAGACAUGGCCGCCGCCUCCGGCUUCGCACCGAGUGAUAGUGGGUCGUGGACCGGUUCGUCGCACCCUCCCGCCGGCUCCGGGCCAACAGGACAGUCACAGGCUGCCGUGGCCGUAUGGGAGUGGCAGGACGACCAGGGCUACUGGCGGCCGUAUAGCGGCCAGGUGAGCUGCUACAUCGAGCAGUGCCUUCUGAACCAGCGCGGCCUACGGGCCGCGGGACACGCCUCCACCAGCAUCUCCUUGGGCCAAGUGGACCCCAGCCUGGCCCCGUACAUAAUCGACAUCCCCAGCCUCAAGCAAUUCCGCCAGGACACGGGAAAGAUCCGUGCAGUGCGCCGCAGCCUUUUCCCGCAGUCCUCUGCCCUGGGCAGUGGCAUGUACUGGGAGUGGGCGAAUGACGAGGGCGGCUGGACGCCGUAUGAGACGCGCACGCUGCUGCUGCUGGAGCACAGCUACCAGGCCCGGCAGAGCACUGCUGACCUGGCUCCCCACGGCUACAACUACAUGGUAGACCUGCGAGGCCUUGCCCAGGUGAACAAGGGGUCUGGAUACAGGCGGCAGGUGCGGCGCUGUGCGGGUCAGCCCUACCCGCUGGCCACCCAGAGCCCCGGCUCUGUCAUCCAUUCUGGGCCAGCCUGCUCUUGUCAGCAGUGCCUGGGUGCUGGUGGCAGCAGCACUGGGCCCAUUCCCAGCCGCUCGCGCCACUCCUUCUCUGCGGGCCAGGGACACCGCAACGGCCCCCAGGGCCCUGUGCGAGUGCCGGCUGGCGGCCCCCCCUCCAUGUACUCUCCCUACCCCCGCAGGCCGCACUCUGUAGGUGGCACGGCCUGGGUGGGGCCCUGGUCCCCGCCGGUCACCUCCUGCCAGUCGUCUUCCAGCAGUGCCACCAGCCUGAGUGUCCCCUCUGUCCCCGUGCAGAUGAACGGAUCCACCAGUGUGAGUUCGGCUCUGGCAGGCAUGGCUUCCAUUUUGAUGUCGGCGGCCGGAAUUGGAGUUCGCCUCACAAGCGCCCCCCUCCCCCCGCAGCAGGCCCCGGGCCGGCCCGCCAAAGUACACGCCGACGUUAGGAGGGCAAAGAGACACAGGAAAGAGCUUAAACCAGUUGAUGUGAUCCAGAAGUACAUGGAGAGGGUGACUGUUCCCCCAGAAGAGGACUGUAUCAUUUGUAUGGAGCGGCUGUCUGGCCCCUCCGGCUACGACGAUGCCCCUGAUGACCAGGACAUAGCACCCAACAGCGUGGGCAAGUUCACCAAGUGCGGGCACUCUCUUCACCUGCUCUGCAUGCUGGCCAUGUACAACAACGGAACAAAGGAUGGAAGUCUUCAGUGCCCAUCAUGCAAGACAAUCUACGGGGAGAAAACAGGAACCCAGCCUAAGGGCAAGAUGGAGAUCUACAGCAUUUCCCAGCCGCUGCCUGGCCACCCUGACUGCGGCACCAUCCAGAUCAUCUACAGCAUCCCGCCUGGGAUACAGGGUCCGGAGCAUCCAAAUCCGGGUCAGCCCUACACCUGCCGGGGAUUUCCACGCCUCUGCUUCCUCCCGGACAACGGAAAGGGCCGAAAGGUCCUGGAGCUCCUGAAGGUGGCGUGGAGCCGGAGGCUGAUCUUCACAGUGGGCACCUCCAGCACCACUGGUGAGCCUGACACCGUGGUGUGGAAUGAGAUCCACCACAAGACGGAGAUGAUGUCCAAUGUGUCGGGACAUGGUUACCCCGACCCCAACUACUUGGACAACGUGCUGUCGGAACUGGCGUCCCAGGGGGUGACCGAGGACUGUCUGAAGCAAGGAGGGCUGGAACAGGGUUCGUGAGGAUGUGCACAAGGCCCCACCUGUGAACACUAAGCGGUCUGUGGCGGCGGGGACCAAUCCCCCCCACGUGUGUGACACUAACGCUUUAGUGUGAGAGAGGGAAAAACGAUGCGUUCACCCUUCAAAGCUUGUUUGUUUCUUUCCAAGUAUUAUAAUAGGAGUAAAAGGUGUGGGGAUUGCCUUGUUAAAUUCAGAUUUAUUUUUUGAUUUCUAGAAACUCUUAUUUAACAUUUAUUUUCUUAGUGGAAAAUCAGUAAUAAGUCAGAAUCUUCCCCCUUCCACAUCUCUCUAAAGCCGCUUGUAUAUACUUGGUGUUUCUUUUUUUUUGUCCUGUUCUUUGUUUCAUCCAUGUUCACUUUUUAGGUUCAAUACCACCCUGUUAUGGUUUCAUAGUUCAGACUCUGUUUCUUAAAAUUUUACGGAAUAUUACACGAUCCAAAGAAAAAGUAUCUCUGGUGGCAUUUCUAGUUGUAUGUAUAGAUGUUGUAAUUUCAGCCUGACUUUAAUAAACGCAUGACUUCGCGCAGCUCUCGUGGUAGUUGGCAGCACGCUGUGCGCCCUCGAUAAAUAUGCGCCCUUAAUGCAACUAGGCAACAAUAAGCAGAUCUGAUCAAGCCUGCGCUAUGUUUCAUUUAUAUGGUUUCUAUGGGUUUUUUUCUUCUCCCUUGAAAUUAAAUUAAGCAGCAUGGUAAUUGCUCUUAGAAAAUACAAUUAUAUUACAAAUUUCUGUUUUUUCAGUUUAAGGAAAUGGAGCUGAGCUAUUGUAUUAUUCCAUUAGUAUGAUUUUUGGUUUUUAGUUUGUCAUGAUGAGUAAAUAUACUGUACAGCAUUAAAGUCUUUGAAUGUGUGA